AUAGGUGACACUCACAUCUUUACACUAGCUUCUCCUCAAUUGAGUAAUAUUUCUCUAGCUCAUCCACUCUAUUUGGAAAUAAUCAACAACCUUAAUAAUGUUCUUGAGUAUGCUGUGGUAAGUGAAUGCGCAAGUGGAGGCUUUCUUUCAGGAUCAAUAACAUUACCCAGUGGAUCAGUCCAGUACCAGCUACGUGGACAUGAUAUUGGAGGAAUACCAUUCACUCAUGUUGUCCCAAACUCGUUUGUCACAUUUGAUACUCCAUCAAUACAAGCCCAACUAAAAGGAAAGUCUCCUAUUGUUCUCAAUCCAGGAGGGACUUCAAUAGCUCGUAUUGCUGUAUCAAACAUCAAGAGUGGUCCUAUGACGCUUCAAGCUUCUGUGUCUGUUGUCAUACAAUCUGAAGUAUCUGUGGAAAUUGACAGUACUUCUAUUACUAUUGAUCUGAUGAGUCAAGAAAGGGAAAUACAAAUAUCGUUUAUAGUUCCAGAGACUUUAGCUGUAAAUCAGAUAUUACCAUGGUCAGUAGUCAUACUUGAUGCAUGCUCCAGUGAAUCAAUGAUAUUAAACUUUACUGCUAUAGUGAAACCAUCAAUAUCUUUUAAUGUAACAGGCACCAGUAGAUCAAUGAUCUUAUUUGAAUGGUCACCACCAGUUAAUCCUACACUAGGAAAUAUAACCCACUAUGUACUGACACUAGACUACACCAAUGGAACAAUUGCUACAGUUAAUGUCUCUGGUAACAUUAACCAGUACCAAGUGAAUGAGCUAUCACCAUGUCAACAAGUCUAUGCUAGCAUAUUGGCUCACAGUGACAAUGGAGAAACAGCAGAAAUUGCACCAAUUGCAGUGUUUACUGAUCAAGCAGAACCUGGCCCAGUGUCUCGCCUAGCAGUAAGGUCAAUCUCUGGGACAUCAGCCUACAUAUCUUGGUCACUACCUCAAGAACAGAAUGGGAUAAUAGUUUUCUAUGAAGUAGCAGUUAAGGGAGUGUACAAUGAAACUCACAACUCUUCAGUAAAUAUCAUUAAUGUUCAUAAUUUAAAUCCAUACACACGUUAUACUGCAGUUGUAAGUGCUGCGACUUCUGCUGGCAAAGGGCAACCAACAAUGCUUGAAUUUUAUUCAUUAGAAGGAGUCCCAAAUCGUUCUCCAAGUUUGACAAAUCAUACUAUUUUGACAUCAAAGUCAGUGAUGCUUGCAUGGAAUCCACCACCUGUUCAACACAGAAGAGGAUUCAUCCAGAAUUACAUGGUGAAGGUGCAAUACAUGCAGAAACUGGAUAUUUAUAAUACAUCUGAAACAGUACUUUAUGUGUCAGGGUUGCCACAAUAUUCUGAUAUUAAUGUCUCGGCUUCCAUCAGCACAUCUGUUGGACAAGGUCUUUUUAGCAGACCAUACCUCAUUCACAUAUUUACUGGAGUUGCUAGUGCUCCACAGAACUUUACUGCUACAGCUACCAGCAGUAGCUCAGUGCUACUUGAAUGGGCAAAUCCUGAAUCUCCAAAUGGAAAAAUACUUUACUACCAGCUCUACUUUAGCAAUGAUAAUGACACCUAUCAAGUUCUUGAUGUCUCAAUUUAUAAAAACUCAUAUCAUAUUGAAGACCUUGAUAGCGGAGAGCAUUAUUUCAUUGUGAAUGCUAUUAAUUAUGCUGGAAUGGGUGACAACUCAUCAGAAAUUUAUGUUUCACUAACAAUGCCUACUGCUAAACCUAGUGCAAACCUAGCAGCAAUAAUAGUUCCAUCAGUGCUUGUUAUUUGCUUGGUCGUUCUAAUCCUGGUAGUCAUUGCUGUUGUUGCAUUUAUAUAUAUCAAAAGAAUCAAAGGGAAAAAAACAAAUAGAGACAAUAAAGAAAUAAAGAAGAAGGAGAAAGGCUUUGAGGAGGAACUUGAAUUUAUGUCUAAUAUCUAUGGUAAGAAAGACUGAGAAAAGAAGACUAUAAUACAUGCAAUUAGUGCAUCAGUAUAUUUUGUGUAGCUAGCUUUUAGGCCUUAUUUUUUAGUAUAUAUAUACUUAUCAUAUGUUUUAGUUGUUGUAGAUG